UGUGUAGAGGAAGUUUUUUGUUUUGCGAGUUUUCCGUCCGUUUCGACUCGCCGAGGUGCUAAUUAAUGCGCGUUAAAGAAUACAAAGUUAUGUUUAUCUGAAUUAUUCUUAUCAGACAGACGCACCGGUUUUCAGAGUGAGAUUACAAGAAGCGAGCUGCUUGAAGCGACGGUGCUGAACACUUUCAGAGUAACCCGAGAGCAGCUCGCUGCUAAGCUAACAUUAGCCUCCGGUCUGAGGUGUGUUGAAGGGCUCUCUGAGCUAACGAAGCCAUGGGGAACCGGGGCAUGGAAGACCUGAUUCCCCUAAUCAACAAGCUGCAAGACGCCUUCAGUUCAAUUGGUCAGAGUGUCAAUUUAGACCUUCCUCAGAUUGCUGUGGUAGGCGGACAGAGCGCAGGGAAAAGCUCUGUCCUGGAAAAUUUUGUUGGCAGGGACUUUCUUCCUCGCGGAUCAGGCAUUGUUACUCGCAGACCUCUGAUUUUGCAGCUGGUCAAUAACAUAGCAGAACAUGCUGAAUUCCUACACUGCAAAGGAAAGAAGUUUGUGGAUUUUGACGAAGUGCGGGCAGAAAUUGAGGCGGAAACAGAUAGGAUUACAGGAUCCAAUAAAGGCAUUUCUCCUAUCCCUAUUAACUUGAGGGUCUACUCUCCGAAUGUUUUGAACCUGACUCUUAUUGACCUCCCGGGAAUGACCAAGGUUGCUGUCGGAGAUCAGCCUGUAGACAUUGAGCAUCAAAUCAGAGACAUGCUGAUGCAGUUUAUCACCAAGGAAAGCUGUCUGAUCCUGGCAGUCACCCCUGCUAACAUGGACCUGGCGAACUCAGACGCUUUGAAGAUUGCCAAAGAGGUGGACCCACAAGGUCUUCGCACCAUUGGUGUCAUAACAAAAUUGGACCUUAUGGAUGAAGGCACAGACGCAAAGGAUGUUCUCGAAAAUAAACUGCUUCCAUUAAGGAGAGGUUACAUUGGUGUGGUCAACCGAAGUCAAAAAGACAUUGACGGUAAAAAAGACAUCCGCGCUGCUUUAGCUGCAGAGAGAAAGUUCUUCCUGUCCCACCCCGCCUAUCGACACAUGGCAGACCGUAUGGGCACCCCGCAUCUACAAAAAACUCUCAACCAGCAAUUGACCAACCACAUAAGGGACACUCUGCCUGGGCUGCGCAGUAAGCUGCAGAGUCAACUCCUGUCUCUGGAGAAGGAGGUGGAAGAGUACAAGAAUUUUCGUCCUGAUGAUCCAACUCGCAAGACAAAGGCAUUGUUGCAGAUGGUCCAGCAGUUUGGUGUGGACUUUGAAAAAUGCAUCGAGGGAUCUGGGGACCAGGUGGACACUAACGAGCUGUCAGGUGGUGCCAGGAUCAACCGACUCUUCCAUGAACGUUUCCCCUUCGAGCUAGUCAAGAUUGUAUUUGAUGAGAAAGAACUGAGGAGGGAAAUCAGUCAUGCAAUCAAAAACGUCCAUGGUGUCAGAACGGGGCUGUUCACUCCAGACCUGGCGUUUGAGGCCAUCGUGAAAAAGCAGAUUGUUAAGCUGAAAACACCCUGUCUCAAAUGUAUCGAUCUGGUCAUUCAAGAACUCAUCAACACAGUCAGGCAGUGCACCAGCAAGCUCAACUCCUACCCCAGACUGAGAGAGGAGACGGAGCGGAUUGUCACCACCCACGUAAGAGAAAGAGAAGGGAAGACCAAGGAUCAGGUUCUUCUGCUGAUUGACAUUGAGCUGUCUUACAUCAACACCAACCAUGAAGACUUCAUAGGCUUUGCCAACGCUCAGCAGAGGAACAUUGCUGCAAACAAAAAGAGGGCAGUACCCAACCAGCUUGCCGGUUUAGGCGAGGCCCAGGAAGAGAAGGUAAUCAGGAAAGGCUGGCUAACCCUCAACAUCAGCAUCAUGAAAGGAGGCUCCAAGGAAUACUGGUUCGUGCUGACGGCCGAAUCUCUAUCCUGGUACAAAGAUGAGGAGGAAAAAGAGAAGAAGUACAUGUUGCCUCUGGACAACCUGAAGCUCAGAGACGUGGAGAAAGGCUUUAUGUCCACAAAGCACAUCUUUGCAAUCUUCAACACUGAACAGAGAAACGUCUACAAGGAUCAUCGACAAAUAGAGCUGGCCUGUGAUUCUCAGGAAGAUGUUGACAGCUGGAAGGCGUCCUUCCUCAGGGCUGGGGUUUAUCCUGAAAAAGACCAGGUGGAGAACGAAGAGACGGCACCCACAGACACGUUCUCCAUGGAUCCUCAGUUGGAGCGGCAGGUGGAAACCAUCCGCAACCUGGUGGACUCGUACAUCGGCAUCAUCAACAAAUCCAUCAGAGACCUUGUCCCCAAAACCAUCAUGCACCUCAUGAUCAACAAUGCGAAGGAUUUCAUCCACUCUGAGCUUCUAGCUUAUCUUUACUCAUCGGGGGACCAGAACAGCCUGAUGGAGGAGUCGGCUGACCAGGCCCAGCGCAGGGAUGAAAUGCUGCGCAUGUAUCACGCCCUCAAGGAAGCGCUGCACAUAAUCGGCGACAUCACCGCCAACACCAUCUCCACGCCAGUUCCACCACCAGUAAACGACAACUGGCUCCAGGAUUCCAGCCCAACCCCUCAGCGAAGACCACCUCCUUCAUCGUCCCAGCCCCCCAACCGCCCUCCCGCUGUUCGGGGCUCGACUCCAGGGCCCCCCAUGAACCCCACCCCAGCCUUUAAUCCCUCCCCAGCGUUUGGUGCCCCUCCGAUCCCAUCUCGCCCUGUUCCACCCGCCGGUGCCUUCAACAGCAGCCAGGAUCCGUUCAGCGCACCACCACAGAUCCCCUCCCGGCCGGCCCGUGUCCCACCCGGUGUUCCCAGCCGAAGACCCCCUGGUGCCCCGUCUCACCGGCCCACCAUUAUUCGUCCUGCAGAGCCUUCCCUGCUAGACUAGACCUGUGGCCAAGCCCACCCUAGCAUGCUUUUUUGUUCCUACACACUGUUGGCCUGGAAUGGAGGGGGUGAAUGGGAGGGGAUGACUUAGUGACGUGUACAUUACAAGCAAUGUUAAUAAGCUGCUAAUACUUUCUAUUUACAUGCACAUGAAGCAAAAAAAAAAAAAAAAAAAAAAAGAACUUAUCACUUAAAUUUUCCAUUUCCCUGCCAUGUUUUCCAAACUAAAGCCCAUCAAAGCCUUUAGCAAACAUUUCAAAAUCAUUUCAGAUUUUCUUUUACAUGUUUUUUUUAUUAUUCAAAUGGUUGUCAGCCACACGCUACAUAGAAUAUCAUUUUCACGGUGUCUCCCCUCCUCUUUUCCUCCACUCCCUCCAUUUUUAGCCCCAGAUACUCUGUGUAUAGAAUACAUUAUUGUCGAUGUUUUACUGGUUUUUCACAUCCCAACUCAUUUCAUACUGAAAACAGUUACUUGACAUGACAGUGGUGUCUACGGUGGUGUCAGUUAUGAAUAAUUUGUUCUUGUGUUGUUUUCAUUUGAGUGACUCUUUCCUGAUGAGCAUUAUAAUUGUACCUUUAAAAUUAAGUUCAGUCGACUCAUAAAAAAACCAAGACGAGACGCAAGAUAUCCAUAAUCGUCCCGUCUCCGUUUCUUCAUAUAGAAAAGAUUAUUUUAAUUGCUCUUCCAAAUGGAAAAGAUUAUUUUUGCUUUAGUCCAAGCAUUUCUAGCCACUUGCAAGAAACCACUUGUAGCACAGAUGCUGUAGUCUGGACACUAAGCACCCCCACACCUCCAGGAGAGGGAGACAGACUAAAGCCUGUCUGCUCUUUCAGAAAUGUUAAAGUUUGAUUAAUAAUCCUUUUUUUCCUCUUAAUCCCAUUGAGAUUUUGGUGAGGUUGAGUCUAAUUCCUAGAUUAGCUGAUUCAAACAGAGAAGAUUUCUGUGAAAGAGGAUUGGAUUCUGAGCUGCAGGGUGUUAAGAUGAGAUCUGGGUCACAGAGCAGGAAGAUGUCUAAUUUCUCCUUUGGAAAAUAUAUUAUUAUUAUAAUUAUUAUUAUUAUAGUUAUCGGUUCUGCUUCCAGGCGUCAGGUAUAUUGUAAAUAGCUGGCCUUUACAGAAUUGUCUCAUUUUCUCAUGGGGUUUAUAUAAAUAAAUAAAUAUUAGGCUUAAUCAUCCCAGGAAAUGUAAAACAGCCACAUCAGUCUUUACAGUAAAAAAAAGGACUAAGUUUCAAUUCAUUUACUUUUUUUUUAACCUCAGUAUUCUAAAAAUAAUUUUCAUCUCCUAUUAUUUAUAACCUGGGCAUUUUUUCUUUUUUGGACGCACUUCUAGUAACUUGAUUCAGUUUCCAUGUUACCCAAUUCCUUAACUUUUGCUCCAUUUUUUUCAAUUCUGCUGCAGCCUCAGGUUUCAGGAUUUGUUGGGAGUGUUACUGGGUCUGUACAAACACAGCUGUGAUUAUAUGCUGAGAAAUGUCUGAUUGCUUUUUAAGGGUUUGUUCUUUAUAUAUAGAUAUAGAUAUAUAGUCCUAUAUCUAUAUAUAUAUACAUAAUUUAAAGCUUUUUUUUUAACCUUCGGGUGUUGGGGGAAUGGUUUAAGUUUGGCCCACUUAGAUUUCCUUCUCUUUUUGAUCAUUUGUGGUGGUGAGUUGGUGGUGGGGAUUUUGGUGAAUAAGCUCAGGUUCCAUCAGAGGAGCUGCCUCGGACAAGGAGAAAAAAAUACUGCACAACCACUAAAAGAUUGAAGAAAAUGAUUUAUAUAAAUCCCAAAUUACUGUCUUAAGACAGGAUAUGUACUUUGUGCCUGUUUUCUUUUCUCCUAGUCUUGCUUUCAGUGACAGAGCCUGAAAACCUAAAACAAAAUCAGCAUUGAAUUCUAAAAGUAAUUACCAUAAUAGAUAAAAAAAAAACAAAAAAAAAAAAAAAAAAAAAAAAAAAAUAACUAAGUUCCCACAUGCCUGUCACUCCAGCUUGUCCAUGUGAAGACUGUAAAAUCUACAUGAACAUGUAGGAAUACUGUCUGUGUGUAUCAUCCAUCCUCAUUCCCUCCCCUCUCUGAAUCUGCAGGAAGGGGUUGGAAACCAUCCCUCAAACAUCUUUCUUUUUGUUUUAUGAACCCUUAUGAAGUGCCUCUGUAGCAAUUAAUGGAUUUUUAAUAAGUAUCAUGACCUGAUUUAGAAAGAAAAGUAAAUAAAGAGGUGUGUUCAAUAAAGGGA